AUGAACAUUGAAGGUCAUGUCAGAAACUUUGAAACAUAUGAACUACCAGCAAUGUUAGAUAAGAAAGCAGACAAAGAACAUACACAUAACUCCUUCUCAACUGUUGUUAUAGAAAGUAUUGAAGGAACGGUUGGCGGAACUGGUGGGGAGGGCGGAGCCCCGCCGCACGCGGCUGCAUUAUAUUAUAAACCUCCUAACUUUCCACAAGGUUUAACAUCGAAUGAAAACAUAACAACGAAGAAAGAAAUUAGCUGUAAAAAUGUUUAUGUCAUGGAUGAUGAAAAUAAUGUUAAAUUCACUGCUCAAGAUUUAUAUGAUAAGAAAGCAGACAAAACAGAGCUUCAAACAUUAAAGACAGAAAUACUUCAAACAUUAUAUCCUAUAGGCUCUAUUUAUACGUCAAUGAACUCAACAAAUCCAGCAAGUGUUUUAGGUUUUGGUACAUGGAAGCAGAUUGUAGAUAAAUUCUUAUACUGUGCUAGAUAUUUAAAGCAAACAGGAGGUUCGAAGAAAAUUAAAGAAGCAAACUUACCCCCGCACACUCAUACAGGAACGACAAACUUUUCUGGCGACCAUAGCCACUCAUUAAGAGACCACCCAUUAUACAACUCAGAGUAUGAAGCCGGUCAUGAUGUUUUAUCUCCAUCUUAUAACAAUUCAGCAAAAAAGAUUUUUCGACCAACUGAACCAGGAGGAAAUCAUUCACACACUUUCACAACAAAUCCAACAGGCUCGGGUGAAGAUUUUAUGCCACCAUUUGUGACGGUUUAUGCAUGGUACCGCGUUCAAUGA